GUUUUCUCUUUCAUCUUUCUCUCUCUAACGUUCCCUCGUUUUUUCAUUUUCACUUUCUCACUCUUCUCACAAAAACCAAACAUUAUUUUGUUCAAAUCCUCAAAUUCUUAAUCUUGAGUUCAUUGUUCAGGGUUUGUAGGGUUUUGAAUUUUGUCUUUGAAUUGAAGAAUUUCUGGUUAUGAGAGCAUGGGGAAUGAUGCUCGACCUAGUCGGAAAGGUAAAGAUGAUGAGAAUACGUUUGGGUUAAGAAGAUCUUCUAGAGAGGUAUCUGAGACGAAGGAAGCUCCGAGUGUUCGUAAGUCGGAGAGACUUGAGAGGCGAGUUCCGAUGAUUUCUCCGGAGAAGAAAUUGACGCCUACUGUUAGUCCUCUUAGAAGGUCUGAUAGGGGAAAGAGCUCGGCAUCACCUUCUUCUGUAUCGAAAAAUGCUGGCAUUAGCUCGAGUUUGAAGAAUUUGAAGAAGAAAAGUAAGAAAGAGAAGAGUGUUAGAGAAUUAACUGAGGAUUUAGAAGCUAAAGAAGCUGAAAAAGGUAAAGAAGAUGAGGAAAUUGAUAUUGAAGAACCGGAUUUAGAAUGUCAUAGAGUGAAAAAGAAGAGGAAGAGAUUGGAUGCUCAUGCUUACAUGGGGGCUUUCAAGAGCCCAAAAGCAAAGAAGGUUAAAGCUAACAAGACGAUGGAAGAUAACAAUGGUGGAGAGGAGCCUUCCGGCUCUAGUAUGAAGCCUGGUGAAGCUGAAAUUGGUGACGAAUCGGGAGCUUUUAGCAUUGGCGAAUUCAAUGAUAUUGAUGCCACAGUGGAGAAGGAUAUUGAUGAACCUGACCCAAUAGAGUUGAUGGAAAGCGACCACGAAAUCAUGUCUUCACCAAGUAAAAAUAACAUGUUGGACCAGAACUCUAAUCCUGUGGAGAAACUUGACACAUAUUCUACUAGUCCAAGGGUGAACCUCGACUCAACAGGGGGCAGGUUUUCCUCAGAUAAUGUCAACAGGGUGAACCUAGACUCAACAGGGGGCAAGUUUUCCUCAGACAGUGUCAACUCAAAUCAAGAAAUAGCUGCAGCCAUUUUAACAACGGAUAGAGGGGAGUGUGAAGCUAGUACUACUACCGCUGAGAAUUGUGAAAAUCAUAUGCAGCAAAAGGAAUCAUCUGGAGAUCUUCAGACAGUUGGUGAACAAAAUACAUGUUUUAAAUGCAAGGUCGGGGGAAGCCUAUUGUGCUGCCAUGGAAAAGAGUGCAAAAGAAGCUAUCAUCCCACGUGUCUAGAUCCUCCUAUGGAUGGUGUCAUUCUUGGAGUUUGGUAUUGUCUUAUGUGUGUCAUGAAGAAGUUAGACUAUGGUGAACAUUCAGUGUCGGAGGGAGUAGAGGCAAUCUUUGAUGACAGGGUUGUGGAAGUAUUAGAUGUUGAUGCAUCCCAAGAACAGAGGGUUUUUUUUGUUAAAUACAAAGGGCUUGCACAUUUUCACAAUAUUUGGGUACCCGAAUGUAAGCUGCUUCUUGAUGCUCCAUCACUUGUUGAAAAAUUCAACAGAGAAAGCCAGGUGUGGAAGCCAGAAUGGAAGGUUCCCCAUCGGUUAUUGCAGAAAAGAUUGUUGAUUUCCCCCGAGGGGCAUAACCAGAAUACUUUUACUAAGCUAGAUGGGCACCAUGAGUGGCUUGUAAAAUGGUGCAGUCUUGGCUAUGAGCAAGCUACCUGGGAGUUGGAUUAUACUUUGCUUAGUAAUGCUGACGGUAAAGCGCUAAUAAAGGAUUAUGAGAACAGACACAGCAUGCUGAACGGGGAUUCUUCUUCUCUAGAAGACAAGAUACUUGAGAGUGAAAAGUUAUUGGAACUGCUCGCUGGAAGAUCAACGCAAUUUCGUAGCAGUUGUCAGGAUUACUAUAACAAGCUACAUGAGUUUUGGCUCAAGGGCCCGAAUGCUGUUGUCAUUGAUGAACAGGAGAGAAUCUUGAAAGUGGCUUCGCUGGUUCAAUCAUUUCGCCCUAAACCUAGUCGGCCUUUUCUUAUUAUAUCGACUUUGGCAGCCCUUCAUUUGUGGGAUGAUGGAGUCCUUUGGUUUGUCAAUGCUGUAGUUUACAGUGGGGACAAAGAUUUAAGAAGAAGUAUUAGAAAACUGGAGUUUGGUGAGGGAGGUUCCCUGAUGUUUCAAGUACUUAUAACAACAAUGGACAUUGUUCUGGAGGAGUUGGAUGUGUUUAGAAGUAUAGAAUGGGAAUUAAUUAUAAUUGAUGAAUGCCAAUGCCCUACAAUCUCUUCACAUUUUGUUGAAAUUAAACAAUUAGAUACGGGAAGAAGGCUUCUUCUUGUUAGUGGUCAACUAAAGGAGACCAUCGCUGAAUACCGUAACUUGUUAUCUUUUAUAGAGUCUCCUUCUGAUUCACAAAGCAAAGAGUCCUUGCUAAUCAGUCCCAGUGAUAAUCUUGGUAAACUGAAGGAAAAGUUUUCAAAAUAUGUUGUUUAUCAAAGCAAGUUGGGAUCGUCAAGAUUCAAUGAGUACUGGGUUCCUGCCCCGAUUACAAAUGUGCAGCUUGAAGUGUACUGCAACACUUUGAUUUCAAACUCUACCAUACUUUGUUCAUCUCCGAAGAAUUUUAUUGUUGACUCAGUCCAUGAUAUUCUGAUGUCUUGUCGAAAGUGUUUUAAUCACCCUUACUUAGGAGAUAGAAGAGUCGUAGAGGUGGUUACGAAAGGCUUCAAGAAAGAUACACCUCCUUAUUAUCGUGCUGGAGUAAAAGCAUGUGGCAAGCUUCAACUUCUUCAUAUGAUGCUUUUGGAAAUACAAAAGCGGGGUUUAAGAGUUCUUAUCCUAUUCCCUGGCGCGGAUUUAGGAACGGCUUCUCUGGGACACAUUUUGGAGGACUUUUUAAUACAUACAUUUGGAAAAGCUUUCUAUGAGCGUGUUGAUAGCGAUUUAAAACCUUCUCAGAAGAUUUCUGCUAUGAAUAAUUUCAACAAGGACUGUGAAAGAUUUGUUUUCUUACUAGAAAACCGUGCUUGUAACAGCAGCAUUAAGUUGUGCUCUGUUGAUAUUGUCAUCAUAUUCAGUAGUGAUUUGAACCCGGUGAAUGAUGUGAGAGCCCUGCAAAAGAUAACUCUUGAUUUAAAAAGGGAGCAAGUAACAACAUUUCGUUUGUAUACACCAUAUACAGUGGAAGAAAAGGUUUUACAUCUUUCAAAGGAAGGGAAGCCUUUAGAUGGUAAGUCACCAAACAUAAACUUGAGUAUGAGUCACAUGUUACUAAUGUGGGGGGCGGCUCAUCAAUUCAAUACUUUGGAUAAGUUCCAUGGUGAAGGUGUAACAACCUCCUCCACAGAAAGCUUAGUUAAGGAACCCUCACUGGAAGAUGUUAUGAAGAAUUUCUCGCAGAUUAUUUCUUCAGAUAGAACAGACAAUGAGUCAAUAAUCAUAAAUGUUCAACAAGUUGGAGGAAUUUACUGCACAGAGUCUUCGUUAUAUGGUGAGCUACAAAGUGAAGUUAUGGACAAGGUUCAACCUCAUCUAUUUUGGACAGGAGUGUUGGAAGGAAAACAUCCUCAGUGGAAGUUUAUAUCCUAUGAUUUAUCGCAGAGAACUCGAAAGAAGGUACAUUAUUCUGACGAGACAUCAAACAACACAGGAAAUGAGAGUGAGGAAAUUUGUAAGAAGCGCAAGAAACUUUCAAAUAGUACAGUAGAUCCACCAUCUAUAGAACUUGGAUCAGAUGGAAAAUCAAUCUCUAGCUGUAAAGAAGUGUCUGAUUUUGUAGGAGCAUUUGGAACAACCACAGAUAACCAGCAACGAAAGAAAACGCUUGAUGCACAAAAGAGUCUCCAUCGUUCUUUGAAGCCUGAGAUUUUAAAACUUUGCAAGCUUCUAAAACUCUCGGAUCAAGCUCUGGGUGUGGCCGAAGAGUUUCUUGAGUACGUUAUGAAAUACCAUUGUGUCAACAGAGAAUCAAACACAAUAUUGCAGGCUUUUCAGAUAUCUCUGUGUUGGACUGUAACCUCUUUGCUGAAGCAGAAAAUUGACCACAAAGAAUCACUUGAACUGGCAAGACAACAUCUCAACUUCGAAUGUAAGAAAGACGAGGCAGAAUGUCUGUAUUCAAUGCUGAGGUGCCUAAAAAACAUAUUUGCAUAUCAGAUUGGGAAACUCAAAAUUGCGGAUUCACCAAAAGCUCCAAUGUUGACUACUACUGAUACCUUGGACCACUCAAAAGUGAAUGGUCAACUGUCUGUGCCCUCUAACGUAGAUAGGGUUAAAGUAGGGGUUCAAGACUGUACAGGGAAUAUGGAAAAUUUUGACAAACUUCUGUAUGAACUGGCAGAAAAAGAUAUUAACAAGAGUAUUAAGAAUGUCAAGAGCAUGUUUCAGAAGAAUCUGGAGAAACUCAUUCAAAAGCUCGAGAUAGAAAAAAAUGAAACAGAGCAGAAUUUUGAAGAAGGAAAGACUAGAAUACAGAAAAAUCAUAAACUCAAAAGAGCUGCUGCUCUUACAUGUUUUGAGCAUAAUACGUCAAUGAGAGAAGAACAACUUAAGUCGGUGGAUAAUUCUCUUGCUAAAGAAUUGGAAGAACUCAGGAGCAAGAGGGAUUUGUGCCUUAAAAAUCUUGAGACGAAAUAUCUUUUUAACAAGAUAAGGUUGCAAGAGGCGGAGUCUUGUUGGGUGAAGGACUUGGAAUCCUGGGCUUCUGAUGAAUUGUUGAACAAACCACCUAUAAAAAAAGCUGUAACUGGGUCUAAAUGCUCUCUGAGUGAUCAAGUUAGAGUUGAAGAUAAUCCUGAUAAUCUCCCUCUUUUGGCUAAUCUUUUAAAUAAUCGUAGUCAGGAAAAUCUACUGCAUGAAACUGCUGCUACUGAUGAGGUGACGUGUAUUCAUAUAGAUUCACUGGCUGCUUCUGAUAGUUUACCAGGUUCGGGAUCUCUUGAGCAGAAUACUACUGGACCUGUAAGUGAUGCUCAAGUAAUUGUCUCGGCUGAUCCAUCUGCCAAUAUGCAAAAUUUUGUUUCUAUCGAGAGCUCUUCACGUGAAGCACAUAUUGCCAAUGAAUCUACCCCAAUCGUACCUGAGACUGCAAGUUCCAUUCAUGGUGAUAAGAUUGUCUACACUGAAGUUCAAAUUUCUACUAAAGAACAAAUUGCACAGGGAGUAACAUUAGAUGUUGAUCAUAGUGGAGAAAAAGGUACUGAACUCUGCAAUGUCACAUCAAAUGGGGUUGCUGUCAUCAACCAGGAAGAUAGAGUUGAUAAUGCUUGCAAUCAGAAUUCUCUUUCCCAGGAGCCGUCACCGGAAAAUUCAUGUGCGCAGCCUGCUGUUACUUUGGCUGAUGGUAUAGCUGCGUCAACUAAUGAGGUGCCCCUAGGUGAAUGUGAUUUGCCACCAAUAUCUUGUGGAACACAGCUUGUAGAUGCCCAAAGAGCUGAUAAGCAGAAUACAUUAGACGAAGUUGUACAGUCGGGAUCAGAACCAAUUCCACCAUUAUCAUCCACUCAGUCUGUUCCGGCAUUGCAGCCCGUAGCACAAUUGGUUGAGGAAAAUGAACGUCGGCCUGGUGAUGAGGGUUUGAACUCUAUACAGGUUUCCCAGGCUCCAGUGCAACCUGUUGAGAACCCUCAGUUUUCAAAUCAAGCUGUUUCAUAUCCUAUGACGAGUUCAUCAAAUACACCCGUUAGGAAUUCAGGAAUGCAUGUUCCUGACCUUAGGAACAUGUCUGUUUCUGAAUCUUAUAAUCAUCUUGCACCACCCAUGCCGCUUCCAAUGAUGUCGUGGGGGGGUCCGCCCUUGAACCCUGAUCCACUUCAGGUGGAACUGGAGCGAUUAUGUCAAGAAUUCGAUCAAACUCGUAAGACCUAUGAUGAUAAGAAGCAGCAUCUAAAAGGUGAUUAUGAGAAGGAGAUUGCUGAAAUUAAUAAGAAGUAUGAGACGAUGAACAGGGAGGUCGAUACCGAGUUUUUUGUAAAAAAUAAGAAUUUCGAUGAUCUUCGCAACAAAUUAUGGUUGAAUAAAAUCUUGGCAGAGGCAUUCAGGUCAAAGUGUGAAUAUAGGUCAAUAGAUAGGUCUGGUGGACCUCAUCAAGAUGUGAAUGCUGCUGUUAUGCAGCAUCUGGUUCAGCUACAAAACUCUUUUCCUAUGCAACAAAACUUACAAAGGCCUCCUUUUGUUCCUAUAUGUUCAGGCGCUCCAAUUGCUACUGCACAAAACGUACAAAGGCCUCCUUUUGUUGCUACAUCUUCAACCGCACCAUAUGCUACCAUGGUGCAAAACGUACAAAGACCAGCCUCUCCAGCUUUCAUACUGCAAAAUGCUCAAAGGCCAGCCUCUCCAGCUUUCGCUCCGCAAAAUGCUCAAAGGCCAGCCUCUCCAGCUUUCACACAGCAAAAUGCUCAAAGGCCUGCCUCUCCAGCUACCGCAGGGCAAAAUGCACAAAGACUAGCCUCUCCAGCUACCGCAGGGCAAAAUUCACAAAGACUAGCCUCUCUAGCUACCGCAGGGCAAAAUGCACAAAGACCAGCUUCUCCUGCUACCACAGUGCCAAAUGCACAAAGAUCAGCCUCUCCAGCUACUGUGGUUCCAGUUUCGGAGCCUUCUGGUACUACAACAGUGCGAGCUUCAGUACCCUUAUCUACACCCGUACCAACCGUGCCAACUGCACCAGCAAGACCUCCCCAAAUCAAUUCCGUCUCCUAUCCAGCUCCAAAUCUUCAAGGCAGUCCUCAGAUUCGAUCCACCCCACCACAUCUCCUCCGACCAUCUGGACCCAAUCUUACAUCUCAUCCCCGGGGAAUACAACGGCCAACAAAUAUCCCUGCAUCAGCAUUAAACACAGUUCCCAAUUUACAACCACAGAUGCCAUCAUCUAUGAAUCAGUCUGUUCGAGCUGCUUCAAGUCAACCAGUUAGUUUGCCUACAGUACCAGUUAGUUUGCCUGAAGUUAGGCAAAACACUCAGCAGUUUAACUCAACCGGCACAGGUAGACCAACCGACGUAGUUUGUUUGUCAGACGACGACUAACCAAUUACAGCAGAUAUACAAACCUAACAUGGUCGCCGGGUUCUCUGACCCUGGGAGUAUUUUUUGACAUGACCGACCGACCGAGGUAGACAGGAAAAAAAAGAAAUAGUAGCUCAUUUUUGUUCUAAGGCCUUUGCAGCUUUACAUUAAAAAAUGAUGUCUUUAUUAUGUAAAUAUCAAAAGAAAUUAUUCUUACCACCCUUCCUAAUGCCUGUCUUGAUAGAGUUGUAAUUUUACAUUAUUUUGGUCGUCGUUUAUGCUUUCUGGUAGAGUCAUUUUAAGAAGAGGAAUAUCCAAAACCAUGAAAAACAAGUAAAAAGAAAUUAUGUAUAAUAUUUAAACAAAAUUAAGGUUAAAUUCAUGAAAA